CUUAAACUACAGCUGAGGGUAUUACUAUCUUUUUAGUGGACUGGUGUGAUGGCAGUGAGACUGAACUCACUCAAGCCUUUGAUUUCGGUAACGAUUCCUUCAUGCCGAUGUAAUUCGCCGAUUCUCUCGCUGCCAAGUUCGAGGAAUAAUCGGAGAUUGCAAGUCUUUGCGGCUCAAAUGGCCACGACCACCAGUGAAUCACUCAAUCCCAAGAUGACUAAAGUCAUCGAUUCACAUUUGCACGUCUGGGCAUCUCCUCAAGAGGCUGCAGAUAAAUAUCCUUACUUUCCUGGCCAAGAACCAACUUUACCUGGUCACGCCGAUUUCUUGCUUCAGUGCAUGGAAGAAGCAAGUGUGGAUGGUGCGCUCAUUGUGCAGCCCAUUAAUCAUAAGUUUGAUCAUUCUUAUGUGACAAGUGUCUUGAAGAAGUAUCCAUCCAAAUUUGUUGGUUGUUGCCUUGCAAAUCCUGCGGAAGAUGGAAGUGGUGUUGGACAGCUUGAACGUCUAAUUUUGAAGGAUGGCUAUCGUGCUGUUCGCUUUAAUCCAUAUUUGUGGCCUUCUGGUGAACAGAUGACAAAUGAAAUUGGGAAGGCAAUGUUCUCCAAAGCUGGAGAGCUCAGAGUGCCAGUAGGUUUUAUGUGCAUGACGGGUCUGAAUCUGCAUCUUUCAGAAAUAGAGAAACUGUGCACAGAAUUUCCUUCAACCGUUGUUUUGCUUGAUCAUGUAGCUUUCUGCAAACCUCCAAUAACUGAUGAUGAAAGCCAAGUCUUCUCGGAGCUGUUAAAGCUAUCCAGAUUCCCACAGGUUUAUGUGAAAUUCAGUGCCUUGUUUAGAGUGUCGAGAGAGCCAUAUCCAUAUGAUGAUUUAUCCCAAGUUCUUACCCAAAUAGUCUCCAGCUUUGGUGUCAAUCAUGUCAUGUGGGGAAGUGACUUCCCAUUUGUUGUUCCUGAGUGCGGUUAUAAAGAAGCAAAAGAAGCAGCGUCUCUUCUUGCACAACAAGUGCCUUUUUCAUCGUCUGAGGUAGAGUGGAUCAUGGGUAGAACAGUUAUGCAACUUUUUCAAGGUCAAUGGAUUUCUUCUUAAGCAAUUCAUCGUUCACCAAAGACAGGGCGGAACAUAAUCAAUUCAUCCUGAACAUAAUUCUAUGCAUUAUGCAAUGCAUAAAUUUUGUUUAGAAUUGAUGUUACCUGGAACUUAACUGUACUCUAUAUCAUGUCUAGUAAGAAAGUUCGAUUUCCAAGUUCUUGAUUUGCAUGUUCAAAGGGAAAAGCAAUUGACGAUGAAGCAAUAUCGAGCAAUAAUUGUAUGUUGGUUCAGCAUUGUUAAUGAAAAGAUACUAGAAGUUAAUACUGCUUAAAUGAUAUUGUCUUCUAUGUCAAAAACAAUCGUUGCCAUUCAAUCUACUUGAUAAAGAUUUUUGGUUCCGAAUUGUUUCUCUCCUUUUGUUUCUCUUUUUUCUUUCUUUCUUUGUAUCGAACUAUCUUCUUAUACAUAUCCAUUGGG